AUGUUGGUUAUGGAAUCACAACGAAUAAUUUUUUCUCAUGGUUUAUCAUUAAUUCGUCUUAAAUCACUUCGUAUUGAAUCACAGCAACCAGAUAUACUUAUAUCACUUCUUAUUAAUUUAGCUUGUUUACCUCGUCUUUUCUCUAUUGGUAUUGAUACAAAUAUUCAAACAAUGUUACGAAUUACAUUAUCAAAUUUAACAGAUAUAUCAAUACCUAUGAAUGAUGUAAAAAAAAGAUGGUACGAAUAUAUACAAGAUAAUAUUUUAGAUUCUUUUGUUGAAUAUUCGAAAUCUACUCAACUAACUAUUAAAUAUGUUGAUUUUCAUGAUUUUGAUGAAAACGUAAAGAUGAAUAUGACACGUGUUUUAACUAUAGCACAAAUUUACCAUUUGAAGAUUUCAGAACAGAAUGUUUAUGUUAAUGUAUUAAGUGCAAUUAUAAGUUUAUUACAAGAACUUACAACAUUAAAAAUUCAUUUUUUAUCAUUAUAUAAACCAAUAAUGUUAGAUUCUGAAGAAUUGAUUAGUGAUCUUUCAAUAAAUCAUACAAGUAAAGUUAGAAAAAUAUAUCUUCAAACGAUGUAUGAAAUUCGAGAGUUUUCUAUUCUUUUGAAUGCAUGUCCUUAUAUGGAAUAUCUUAAAGUAGAUUAUACAGAAAAAAUGAAUUUUAAAUUUGUCCUACGAUAUAUUUUGAAAAAAAUAAAAUAUGAUUGUAAUGAACAUCUUCGUUUAUUGUGUUUUCGUGUUCCAACAGUAAAUGAUGAAACGAUUGAAAAAUUAAAUAAAAUGAUUAAUCUUGAAAAAAUUCCAUGGAACUUUAAAAUUAAACGAAUAGCUGAGAACUUAUAUUUUGAAUGGAAAUGA